CCGGGCGCGGCGCGGUGCGUGCCGGGAAGAGGUCGCCAUGGCGGGCCGUGUCCUCUCCGCCUGCGUCCGCCGCCUGCUGCCCGCCGCGCCCGGCGCCCUGCGGGCCGGGGCCCUGCGGACCGGGGCCCUGGGGCUCGGCACCCUGGGGCCCGGCCGCCGCCCUCGGGCGCAGCCCCCGCCGCCCGCCGCCGUGCCGCCGCCGUGCCGCCGGCUGUCCGACCUGCCGCCGCUGACGCUGCCGGCCAUCCGGGAGCGGGUGCUCUACGUGCUGAAGCUGUACGACAAGAUCGACCCCGAGAAGCUGACGGCCGAGGCGCACUUCGUGAAGGACCUGGGGCUGGACAGCCUGGACCAAGUGGAGAUCAUCAUGGCCAUGGAGGACGAGUUCGGAUUUGAAAUUCCCGAUGGAGAUGCAGAAAAAUUAAUGUGUCCACAAGAAAUUGUAGAUUACAUUGCAGAUAAGAAGGAUGUUUAUGAAUAAGAGCCGUUCUUCCAAGCAGAAUGUCUACCACUGGGACGGGGCUGAUGUCAGUGGGUAUGCAUAUAAGCGCACAUGCUGUACUGUUGCUGCUUUCAUCAGAAAGUUGUUCUUGGACGUUGUAUUUAAAGCUGUCUGAAUAUGUUGUCCUUUAAAAACAAGAAGGAAUAAAUAUAUAAGACCGUU